AUGAAACCUUUCAUGAAACCUUUCGUAAAACUAUUCAUGAAACUAUUCAUGAAACUAUUUAUGAAACAAUAUCAACAUCUUCCUCCAUAUAAACAGUUAAGAGUUCAAUAUAACUUUUGUUCUCACACUUGUAAUAAAGCAAAUAAUAAAUGUGAAACACAUUUAAAGAAUUGUUCUAAAAUUGAUAAUGAAAGUUAUCAAGCAUAUUUUGGUAACUCAAAAAUAAUAUUCUCUCAAGUUGCUUUUCAAUUAAGAUCAAAUACUUCAAAAAAAUCAUUAUAUAGUAUAAAUAUUAAAACUUUUUUUGAUCAUAUUACAACAAAUGAACAAGAUGUUCUUGAAUUAGGUUUUGCUGAAGCUGUUUUUCAAUGUGGCCUUUCUCUCUCAUUUUGUGAAUUAGUUCCAAUUAAAGUCUGGAUUAAAAAAUUAAAACCUUCAUUUAAAUUACCUACAAGAAAGAAGAUGACUAGUCAAUUAUUAGAAACUGUAUAUAAUGAAACUAAAUUAAAAGUUGAUAAAAAUAUUGAAAAUGCUGAAUUUUUAACUUUGAUCUGUGAUGGAUGUAUUUCUUCUGAACAUUGGACUAAUUUUAUUUUUGCAACACCAAAACCAGUAUUUGUUUUUGCUAAACCUACUGAAGAA